AUGGACCAAGAAAAUACAAAAAGUUUGAAUACAACAACAAUCACACCUACUAGAAAUGGUAAUUUAACACUUAAAGAUGCAAACUCGGAGACUCCAAACAAAAGUUCAACAAGAAGAAGUGUUGGCAGUGCAGGAGGUGGGAGUUCAUCAGUUAGACGUAGUAGCCGAUUAUUAAAGAAAAAUGAUGGAAAAUUGGGAGAUAGUUUAACUCCACAACUGGGUGCACCAGGAGGGACUCCAUAUUUGUUAAGAUCAAAAUCAAGAGAAACAUUAUCAUCAGCAGAGGUAAAUUUGAGAAGGAAUGCAAUGCCAAUGCCACCAUUAAAUUUGAAGCCAAUGAAUGAUUUAGUAGGGAGUAGCGAGUUUUAUCAGACAAAUAGGGAAACAAGUAAGGAAAAUAAUAAUUUAGUUGAUGAUUCAUCUAAUAUAUAUUCAACACCCAGAAAGAAAAUGAGAGGAAUAGAAAAUGCCCGUAAUAAUAAUAAUAAUAAUAAUAAUAGUACUGAAUUUUAUCUAGAUAGAGAUCCAGGUUCUGAGAGUCAGCAAAGAAGCUCAUCGAGAAGAAAGGGAGGAAAUAUUAAAAAUACACCUGUAAGUAAGAAUAGAAGAAAUGAGGAGGAUUCUUUUAUUAAAGAUAGAAAGAGCAUAUUGAAACAGUAUGAUCCAGACAGUAUGAAUACAACAACUAUGAAUAUAAAAACUCCAAAAUCUCAAAAGAAGGUUCAGUUUGGUACAAAAAAUUUGAUAAUAAUAGAUGAAAAUAAGCAAGAUAUUAACAUUGAUAAGCUGAUUACAGAAAGUGAUAAUUUUGAGAAUAUUAAAAAUCAAGAUAAUAAUUCUAUGGAAGAUUUAACAGGAAGUAGGAUGAGUAUAUUAAGUGAGUUAGAUGACGCUGGUACUGCUCAGAUAUAUAAUUUUCCAUCAUUAGAGGAAUUAAUAAAUACAAAAAAAAAUCAAGAUAAUUUAGUAUCUGAAGCUUACAUUAACAAUAAUGUAGAUAAUGAGAUUUCUAAUAAAUUUGGAAGUAUUCAUAACAAUAAUAAUUAUCAUAGAAAUAUUCAGACUGAUAAAGUGAGUAAUAUUGAUAGGAAAUUUAACAAUAAUGAGUAUUCUUUAGAAGAUGAAUUGGAAUCUCAAGACGAAAGAAUGAUUGAUCUUAAAGAUAAAGAAAAUCCCUAUAAUCAAAAUAUUAAGGAAAACCAGAAUGUAGUUCAAGAUGGAAACAAUAUGGAAAAGAAUAUAGAAUUAACGGACCAGAUUAAUAUUUCUGAUUACUCAAUUAAUUACAGAGAUUCGAUUGCUCCAAAUUUUCCUGGAGCAUUUUUAUCAGUGGUUAUGAAGAAUUUAUCUUCUGUUAAUUUCCCAGAAGAAACAAAGCCAGAAUCGGAGCAUGAUAUUAAGAUUCCUAAAUUAGAAUUAAAUGAUGAAAGUCUUCAAGAUCAAGUUUUCAAUAAAGAAUUGAAUUCUUUAAAAGAUUUUGUAAAUGAUGAGAAUUUUUUGGAUAAAGAUGAUCAAGUUGUUGGGAACCAAGAAAAUGUAAUUGAGGUUCAAAAACAGGGAAAUUUAGAACGAGAAGGAGAACAAAAAGAAGAGAGAGAAGAAGAAAAAGAAAAAGAAAAAGAAGAGAAAGAAGAAGAAGAAAAAGAAAAAGAAGAGCAAAAAGAACAAGAACAAAAACAGGAACAUGAACAGGAACAAAAACAGGAACAAGAACAAGAACAAGAACAAGAAGAAAAAGAAAAAGAACAAGAAAAAGAAGAACAAGAAGAAAAAGAAGAACAAGAAGAAAAAGAAGAACAAGAACAAGAACAAGAACAAGAACAAGAACAAGAAACUAAGGCACAAGCAAAUCAAGAGGAAAUACAAAGGAAUGGACAGGAAAAAAUUUCUCGAGAACUAUUUAUAAAAGAAAGUAAUGAACUAUCUGAAUCAGAUCUAAUCACAGAAAAAGAUUUUGUUCUAAAUAAAAAUCAUCGUGAAAAUCUAAUUGAUAAGAAAGAACAAAACAUUGAAGAGAAUUUGAAUUAUCAAAAUUGUAAUUAUGAAACUCAACAAAUUGUUUUAACAGAAACUUUAACAAUUUUGAAAGAUAGUAAUAAUAGAUUAUCUAAUAUAUUAAUUACUCCAAAAAGAAGUAAUGGUAAUAUUUCAUAUAUAAAUAAGUUAUCUCCAUCAUCUGAUUCACUCUUAAAAUCACUGAAUAAUACUAAAUCAAUUUUAAAUAUAACACCACAAGGUUAUACAUGGCAAGAAUUUCAGUCAAUUUUGGAUUUGAACUAUACAAUGGAAAAUUACUUUAGUAUUUUGGACUUUGAUGAAAUUGAAAACAAUAAUAUAAUCAAAGAUAGAAAUAUUGAAGAAGAAAGUAUUGAUAGUAAGUUAUUAUUAGUAAAAUUACAAAAUAUUUUAAAAGAAGAAAAUGAUGAAGAUUCUGAGAAAAUUCAAGAGAUUGCUAUAAAGUAUUCAUCAGAAGUGAUUAAAUCUAUAAGAUAUCAAAUUUGGGAUGAAAUAGAAAAAAGUGUAUUAGUUAAAGAAUUUAAUGGUGAAAUAUAUCAUGAAAGAUAUACUGAAAAUCUAUCAAAGUUCUCAACUAGUGAAAUAGCAACAGUUAUGGCAAUAGUUGUGAAUAAAAGUAGAUAUGGAAGCAAAAAUGAUGAGAGAAUAAAAAAUGAAUUAUUUGAAAGAAUAUCUAGAUAUUUUUUUGGAGAAGGUAAUAAUAUUUUCUUUAAAAAAGCAAUAAUAGAUUGGAAAGAAAAAGUAGUAUUUCCAUUGAAGAAUUUACUUAUUAAUAAAUAUGAUGAAAUGAUAAAGUCUUUUAUGUUAAAACACGAACAGAUAAUGAAUAAUAAAAAUAGGAUUCAAAAUUCAAAUGUAUUAUUAUCUACAUUGGAAUCAUGUAAGAUAUCUGAAAUGCACGUAUAUGAGACUUACUGGAAUGCAAUGAGGAUUGUACAUGAUAAUAUUAAUAAUUAUAAAGAAGAAAUUGAAAGAGUUAAGAGUUAUUUAAAUAUGAUGAAUGAAAAAAAGAAAAAUAUUUCCAGAUUAUUAUUGAAAGAAGAAGAGUUAUAUAAUAGUUUGAUCAUGGAAUUAAAUGAUUGGAAAAUGAAGAAAAAUAGUUUAAGAAAUCACUUGAAUGAUUUACGUAUAAAAGAAGAAUUUGCUGGAUUUACAUGGGAUUUAUUUACAAUGAAUAAAUUUCAAACAAUAAUAGUAUUAAAUAAUAAUUGUCAUAAUCAAAGUAAUAUAGUUAAAGUAAGGGUGUCUAUAGAAUGGAAUAUGGAUGAUAAUAAUAAAUUAAAAAUGAAUAAAGAUGAGCUGAUGGAUAAUCAUCCACCUAUUAUUUUAAAUAUUGAAUUAUUAACAGAUAAUAUGAAUUUAGAUGAUUUAGAAGAUACAUCAUUAAAUAAUAAAAAGUAUAAUGAUUUACAAUUACAAUUAGCUUUGGUUAAUAAUCAAAGAUUGGAAGAUAAGAUAUAUCAAGCAUAUAUUGAUGUAAUUGAAAAAACAUUAAAUUUAAGAUUGAUGGAAUUAUAUUUAAAUUAUAAGAAACAAAAUAAUAUGAAUAAUAAUAUAUUGAUAGAAUUAAUAAGAGGUAUAUUCCAAAGUUGUAUAGUAUUAUUAUGGAGAUUGGAAUCAAUAGUAUUUGAGAUAUUAAAUAUAAUUAAAGUUUUUAAUUUGACAAUUAUUGAUAUAAUUGAUGAAAACAAAUUGAUUUUAAACAUUCCAAUAUUAGUUGGAGUACAUGGAAGAAAUAAUAAUGAGAUAGAUAAUCAAGGAAUUAAUAUUAUGAAUGCUAAUAAUAAUAAUAUUGAAAAUCAGAAUUCACAUUUAAGUAAUUAUUUGAUAACAAAUUCUUCAUCUUCUCCGUUAUUAAUACCAGGUAAUUCCUUAUCAUCACCAUCUCCAAUUACUCCAAAUUCCUUAACAUCAAAUACUCUCUCUCCUCAUAUAUUAAUGGCAUCAAGACCAGUAAUAAGCAUCACAUUUAAUAUAACAAAUUCACUUUUUAUAUCUAUAGGUACUUUAGUGAAUUCAAUUGAAGAUAUUUCAGUUUAUAAUAUGAAUGAUGAGAUAACUAAAGAUAUGAUUCGUGUUUUUAAAGAUCAAAUAAAUGUAAUUGAAGGAAAAGAUAAUAAUUCAAAUAAUAUUAUUAGUAUAAGAAAGAACUCUGCAGUUUAUGUUGGUUAUAAUUGUUUACUUUCAGUAAUACAAAAUACGAUACAAGAAGGGGGACGUAAUCAGUUAAUAUGGAAGAGACCUUUAGAGAAAUUUGCUCCAAGAUUACUGAAUGCAGUCCAAAUUAGCAAAUUACAUCAGAAUUUUUGA